AUGGUCAAUUUAAGUAAAUUAGUCCCUUCGAUUCUCGGCCUAUAUAUAAUUAAUUCCGUAACUGAUUCUUGGCUGUUACCUGGCGCCUUGGCACAAGAUGAUGGCUCAGGCGAUGACUCUGGUAGUGGAUCAACCGACGAUACAGGAGACGAAACUGAUGAUGGCAGUGAUGCUGGCAGCACUGAAGAUUCCGGUAAUAAUAAUGACUCUGGAGACUCUGAGGAUAGUGGCGAUGACUCUACCACAACAGAUGAUAGUGGAGAUAGUACAACAGCUGACCAAGGCACAACUACCACUACAGCACCAGCUGAUGUCACUACAACCACAACCGUUGAUAGUAUUACGACAACAACAACAACAACAACAAUAGAUAGUCCUAGUAGUACAAUCGACUCUUCAAUUCCAACAUCAACAGUCACUGACAGUAGCUUGAGCCCAACAAGUGAUAUAGCAACAUCUACACAAAUGCUUACUUCGAGCACACUACCUUCAGCCACUGCAAGUACUUCUCCUUCUAUAGCACCUUCUUCUUCCAGCAGUACUAACACUGGUGCAAUCGUUGGCGGCGUCAUUGGUGGUGUUGCUGGUCUGGCUAUCAUUGGAGCAGCAGUCUUUUUACUUGUGCGUCGACGAAAGAAGGCUCCUACUGACCAAGAAGUAUUCCGCCCUGAUGAUGUCGAUGAUGAUUAUAAUCCUACUGGUACGUAUUCAUCACAGCCUUUAUAUCGUAACUCUGAUUCAAGUUCUGCUCCAAUGACAGAACAAGCGCCCGCACCACCUCGACACAGCUUUUAUGAUCCCAAGAAUAAACCCGUUUCCUAUUAG